CUUGCUCUUAAACUUGAAUUCAGUAGUUAGUGCAUAACUUCCAGGUCUGGGCUCACUCUUAUAUGAAGACGCUCUCUAGCAGUACUCUUUAACUAGGCAACCAGUGUGGCUACUUCUCAUGGGAAAAACUCUCUCCAAACCCCGUCCACCUCCAGCACCCAGCAAAAUGGACCUGAGGGAAUCGAUCGCCACCCAGACCGACGUCGGCCUCGCCCUCUCCAAGCAGCUCCUCUUGACCCGGGCCAAGGACUCCAACCUCGUCUUCUCUCCCCUCUCCAUCCACAUCGUGCUCAGCCUGAUCGCCGCCGGCUCCGCAGGGCCCACCCAGGACCAGCUCCUCUCUUUCCUCAGGACCAAGUCCACCGACCACCUCCACUCCUUCGCUUCUCAGCUCGUUGCCGUCGUGCUAGCCGACGGCAGCGCCGCAGGCGGGCCCAAGCUGUCUUUCGCCAACGGCGUUUGGAUCGACAAGUCGUUGCCUCUCAGGCCUUCUUUCAAACAGGUGGUGGACGCGUCUUAUAGGGCGGCCACUAACCUUGUUGAUUUCAAAACCAAGGCUGUUAAGGUGACUAGCAAGGUUAAUGCGUGGGCUAAGAAGGAGACCAGUGGCCUUAUAAAGGAGGUUCUCCCGGCUGGCUCAGUUGACGGUUCAACCCGACUCAUUUUCGCGAAUGCCCUCUACUUCAAAGGUGCUUGGCAUGACAAGUUCGACGCUUCGAAGACAAAGCACGGCGACUUUUUCCUUCUCGAUGGGACUUCUGUUCAAGUUCCCUUCAUGACUAGUAAGAACAAGCAGAUUCUCGAGGUGGGUGAUGGUUUUAAAGUCUUGGGACUUGCUUAUAAGCAAGGGGAGGACAAGCGUCGCUUUUCGAUGUACCUAUUUCUCCCAGACGCAAGGGAUGGACUCCUAGCUCUCGUGGAGAAAUUCACUUCAGAAUCUGGCUUUCUGGAUCGCCAUCUUCCUCACGAAAAAGUGACAGUGGGGCAAUUCCGAAUCCCAAGAUUCAAGGUAUCCUUUGGGUUCGAAGCUUCAAAAGAUCUGAGGAAGUUGGGAUUGGUAUUGCCGUUUUCAAGCGAAGGGGGAUUAAUGGAGAUGGUGGACUCUCCUGAAGGCCGAAAUCUCUAUGUCUCGAGCAUAUUUCAUAAAUCCUUCAUCGAAGUUAACGAAGAAGGAACAGAAGCAGCCGCCGCUUCUGCUGGGGUUAUUAUAACGAAGGGUGUGGAUUUGCCGAUAGACUUUGUCGCCGAUCACCCGUUCUUGUUCCUGGUAAGAGAGGACAUGACCGGAACAAUUCCGUUUCUGGGUCAGGUGCUCAAUCCGCUAGCCGGCUGAUCAUAUGUCAAUGAGGAACAACAAUCUUAUUCCUAACUAGAUAUGAACUCACAUGAGAGGUGGUGUGGGUGAUUGCAUAUGUCUGAUGUAUUAAUCUAUUAAUGCACAAUUAGAGAACGCUAACCCUUGUUGUGCUGCUGGGUGGGAAUUA